CAGAGGACGAGCGGGCGUGAUGCUUUUGACGCUUUGCUUCAGGAGUUCUCGAUCAUUUAGCAAAACUGUUAUUUUUACGGCUGCCAACUGUCGUGCGCCGAAUUUAGCUCGGAGGAUGAACAGAAUUACAAGAUUUUAGCGCGUCUCGUAUUCGGUUUGGUCAGCGCACACCGAUUUGUCAGAAAUAGCUACAAAUCAGAAGUUCAGAAGCUGUAAUAAUUAAGAUGCAAACACGAGGAGAGUUUUUCGUUUCUGCGCCAGGGAAAGUAAUUCUCCACGGUGAGCAUUCUGUCGUGCAUGGAAAGGUUGCUUUGGCUGUGAGCUUGAACCUGCGCACCUUCCUGCGGCUGCAGGUCACAUCAUCCGGUAAAGUGAGCAUCAACCUCCCCAAUAUUGACACUUUCCUGUCCUGGGAAAUAACUGCACUGCAGCCUCUUCUGGCAGGAUGCAAAGUUUUGGCAGAGCAGGGGGACCCGAAGGAGCUUGAUGCGGCUCUUUUGAAGAGGCUGCGUGAAUUCGCAGGACUUUCGGAGGAAUCCACGGACACGAGAAGCAUGGCGGUGUUGGCCUUCCUCUAUAUGUACCUGUCGGUUUUUGCAGAGUCUCCGGCCGGUAUCACGGUGUCUGUGUGGUCAGAGUUGCCCACAGGAGCCGGUUUAGGCUCUAGUGCUGCCUAUAACGUUUGCCUGUCUGCCGCUCUGCUGUCUGCGAAAGGAACCGUAUCGUAUCCUCUUACACCGCAGCAGGAGUCGGCCAGGUGGAGCAGAGAGGAGAUGGAGCUGAUUAACAGGUGGGCGUUCAUGGGUGAGAAGAUCAUCCACGGGAACCCUUCAGGGGUGGACAAUGCUGUGGGCACGUGGGGUGGCUUUUUAAGAUACCACGCUGGGAAUAUAACUCCGCUGAGCUGGGUCCCCAUUCUGAGAAUCCUUCUCGCUAACACCAAAGUACCGCGUAGCACCAAAGUGCUUGUUUCUGGAGUGAAGGACAAAAUUAACAAGUUUCCCUCUGUAAUGAAGCCAGUUCUGGAGUCCGUCAGCGCUGUGUCCUGCACAUGUGAACAGACUCUCACAGAGAUGGCCACGCAGGGACCUUCAGCUGAGCACUACGACAUACUGGAGGAGCUGAUUGAUAUAAACCAGCACCACCUGAACGUGAUGGGCGUGGGUCACUCGUCUCUGGACACGCUGUGCAGGGUCACCCUGGCCAGAGGCCUGCACAGCAAACUGACCGGAGCAGGAGGAGGAGGCUGCGGCAUCACGCUCCUACGGCCAGAAACGGACGCUUCAGUGAUUCAGAGCACCGUUGAGGAGCUGAAGGCCUGUGGCUUUGACUGCUGGGAAACCAGCAUCGGAGCUCCUGGAGUCCAGCAGCACUCUUCAGCUGCGCUCAGGCAGGACAUCCUGAAGAUCCUCAACAGCUACUGAGACUUAAAGAAAGCACGCUGUACUGUAUGCAUCGACGUUGCCAGGCGUUACUCUGGAUCCUCGUUCGCCAAAUGUCGUCUAUCGCAAUGCAGUUUUUUUACAUAUUUGGAAAAUGUUAUUUUCCAUUGUGUUUCCAUUCCAUGCCAUUGUUUCUUUUGAAGUGCGUGCAUCUAAAGUUUUGCCUGCCCCUAGAUGGCAGCAACGUGUAAAACAGAAUUGAUGCACCUCAGACAGCAUGUAUGGAAUGUAAAUAAUAGAUCUUUUAAUUAAGCGUUAUACUAAAUUAAUUUAAAAAUAGCUUUUAAUAAAUUUCAGCCUUUUCGUGAAAGGCUGUCAUGCACGA